UCAAGGCAGCAUAUGGCUAAUUAAGGAAAUGGCUUCUAAAAAGAUUUCAAUUAUUUGGGAAGUUUUCCUAGUUGUUACUCUUUUGAUGAGCUUGGCAGUGGCAUCAAGGGAACCUCUUAAUGUUCAGACUCGUAUGCUUUAUGUAAAGAAUGAGGAACAACUUCAGCAUAACAUGCUGUCGCCUCAAUAUCAGAGGGCUUAUGCUCCUAAUGGUUUUAGCAUUCCUCCUACCUACAUAUCAGAUGUGAAGAAGGAGGAACUACUUCAGUCUAUGGCUUUGUCGCCUGAUCAAUAUCAUACAACUGAUGCCCCUUCCGGUCACAAUUUUGCCAUGCCUCCUACAAUGAGGUAAUUGAAGGCAAUCAGGGUCAAGCUCGAAAUCCAAGUGCCAUAGAUGCUGCUCUUGUCUAUGAUCAAAUUUGUUGCUAUUAUUGGGAUCACAAGUUGAGGAUUAUUUUUAGACUGAUGCUAAAGUUACCAACUAGUUUAUUAAAAUAUUUACCAAUAUAAUGUGACAUUUUUAU